AUGGCGCCGCAUGGAGUCGUUGUUGAUCCCAACACAAGCAUCGAGAACCAGCCCUCGAGAGAGAGAGAGAGAGAGAUGGACUAUAGCAUGCAAGGCUCAAAGGACUCGUACUCGCCACAAGUCCACGACUACUUGUACCCGCACGCGCAGCCAGGGCUGUAUCCGCCGCCGCCGCCGCCGGCGGCGGCGAACCCGCAGGGGGGCUACCAGUACCACGGCUACUUCGGCGGAGCAGAGCACCCCUGGUCGGGGCAGGCGGCUCCGUCCGAUGCGGGGCCUUUCCACUACCAGGACGACGCCGACUGCAUCACUUUCCUCGGAGGAUGCCUGGCGGGGCUGUGCUGCUGCUGGUUGCUGGAGCAGUGCUGCUGCUGCCCCUGAUGCCUACGGAAAGGGAGGUCCAUCGGUUGGAGAGGGCAAAGAUACAUGCACCGGCUAGAGGGCGAUGCUGAUACAGUCCAUCCUCCUCGUGCCGGCCGAUCAAGCAUGCUGCAGUGCUGCUGCUCGGCACGAACCAAUGCUAUUAGCCUAUAGCUUGUCGCUCUCUGAAACUCAAGCUUGCUUGCAGCCGUGUGAUGUCUGUAUGGGAUGUGUAUGCGCCAAAUUAAAUAAGCUGCGGCCGCCGCCGUCGAGCCCGAGCAGAUCGAGGCGACUGGUGGAUGAUGACUCUGCAGCGACGUCGCGUUACGCCGGGCAUGUAAGACCAAGGCUCCUGCUCUGGCAUCGCCAUCAUCGGCGUCUCAUUCUGCAAUUCGGAAGGUCCGGUCCCCAAUCUUUUGCCCGACGGAGCGGACGGAUUGAGACGCGACGACGACGGCAUGCCGCCGCCG